UUUGCAGGUGUGGUGCCGCUGCCCGACACAGCCAUAGACUUCUCCGAUGUGCGCUCCCAGUCGUCUCGGAUGAGCGAGCGGAGCUGUGAGGGCUGGACGGUCUGCAGUCGCUGUGAAACUUACAGACCUCCCCGAGCGCACCACUGCCGGGUCUGUCAGAGGUGCAUACGCCGCAUGGACCAUCACUGUCCCUGGAUCAACAACUGUGUCGGGGAGUUGAACCAGAAGUAUUUCAUCCAGUUUCUCUUCUACACCGGGAUGGCCAGCCUGUACUCCAUGGUCCUGGUGGUGUGGGCCUGGGUGUGGAGGAUGCGGAUGGAGAGGGAAGGAGACGCAGAGAAAGAAGGCGAGGAGACGCCCAGCAAACAUCUGAUCGUAGCUCAUUACAUCAUCCUCCUGGUGGAGUCGGUGCUGUUCGGGGUGUUUGUCAUGGUCAUCUUCUACGACCAGCUGAUCUCCAUCAUCACAGACGAGACUCCCAUCGAGCAGAUGAAGAACCGGCUGAUGAUGAAGGACAGAAGCUCCUCCUCCUCCUCGCAGCAGCCCCUCCACCUCCCACACACCCGGAAGCCGAAGCUGGCUCUGCUGCGGGAGGUCUUCGGACGAGGCUCGGUCUUCAGCUGGCUGCUGCCCCUCCACUCCACCCCCCCGUCGGUCGGAGGCAUCAUCUACUCCGCUCUGCCCGACUACGACGUCUGAUCUGCGACUUGUGAGCUAAAAAAAAAAAAAACUAAACAGUGUGCGUGUGUGAGAACGUGACUUUACCG